UAAUUAAUAGAAGAUUAACUGGAGAGGGGCGGUGCCUGCGUCCGGCCCGCGCGGCCACAGUCCCUGCAUUGCGCGCGACCCGGCGGCGGGACAGGCUUGCUGCUUCCUCCUCCUCGGCCUCACCAUUCCAGACCAAAAUUGAAAAAAUGGUUGACCUCACCCAGGUAAUGGAUGAUGAAGUAUUCAUGGCUUUUGCAUCCUAUGCAACAAUUAUUCUUUCAAAAAUGAUGCUUAUGAGUACUGCAACUGCAUUCUAUAGAUUGACAAGAAAGGUUUUUGCCAAUCCAGAAGACUGUGUAGCAUUUGGCAAAGGAGAAAAUGCCAAGAAGUAUCUUCGAACAGAUGACAGAGUAGAACGUGUACGCAGGGCACAGGAGAUCUUAGGCCCAGAAAGGCAGAUUCAGAAGAACCUACAUGUAAAUGAGACUGGAGUGGAAAUGAGAAUGGCAGGAAAUGCAUGGUAACAGACUUGUAACUGUCUCAUGGCCUGGUCGUCCGAAUCCCAAAGUAGGUUAGCCGGACUGUGCUAUCACAGCAUAGGAGCAAGACAGGAAAUGGAACUGUAUAAAUCUCCUUUCAAGAGUCUGCAAUCAUUACAUCCACCAACAUGCCCUUGGCCAGAGAAAGUCACAGGGCUGGCCUCAGAAUUAAAGUGCUGGGAAAUGGACUCAACCCCCUCAGGGAGAUGAACUGCAAAGUCACAUGGCACAGGGGCACGGAUGCACAGAGGGAUGAAGAUUUAGGCCACUUAUACAAUCAAUCUAUUGCACUUGUCCGCUUUGUUAUGCUAGUAUGAGUUUCAAUUCAGACACAUGUAAAAGCAUUUUAUAAACUUUAUGACAUUAUGCAGUUAAAACAGCAUUUAUUCGAAUGUGUCAUAAUUUUAUCAGAUUAGUGGUAAUCUGUGAUAUGCUCAGUAUGAGAGCAAUAGUUACAAACUAAGUAAAAAACACAAUACAGGGUUUGUGAACUUGGCCUUCUCCCUCUCAUUUGCAAUGUGCUGCCUUAGGAAGACAGAUGGGACAAGGAACAAAUAUUUGGACAGCCUUAUCGCCUCUAUAACCAAGUUGGUUCCCAAACUGUGCCCAGUCUGUUCUCUUGAAAUUAUAAUAUGCACCCUGCUCCCAACCAAGUGUUUCAUCAAAUUUAAUCAGUUUCUGAGUAUUCACAUAUUAAAUGUAGACCAGAGAAUAUUGCUGGCCCAAAUGUAAAAUUUUUGUGUUAGUGUUUGCUGAAAUAAUUGUGUAUUAUCUUCUAUGGGUUGUAUAUUAAUCAUUAAAAUAAAGCUGUGCUAAGUUCUUGUUUGAGCUACCCAAUUUAUAACUUGAUAGUGAAAGGAAUAUAAUUUUCUUUGCAACUCAUCUUUCAUGACAAUACUGUUAGAGGCUGGAUCCUAGAAUUGAUUCUAAUAAUAGUUUUGCCACUGACACACAUGAGAAACCCAGGCAAGUCACCUACUUAUGCUCUAUUCAUUUCUUCACAUUUAAAAUGAAUACAUUGAACUAGAACAAUUUUUGAAAUAUUCUGUGACUCUAAAAAUUCUAUUUACUCUGGAGGCAGGUGUUGGCCUACUCUUUCUCCAGUGAUAAAAUAUGAAUAUCAAGAUGUGGAAAUAAUUAUAGUAGAAAGCUUAUAGCCUCUAUUAAUGAGGUCAAGCUCAAUUUGAGUUAAAUAGCAUUUUGUGGGUUCAAUGUCUCAGAAUAAUAAUCUUUAAUUUUCUCUGAAUCACCAAUGUGAUGUCACCAAAACGAAAUGAUUGUUACUUUUCAGAAAAAUUCAAUAAAUGCAUUGAAUUA